AUGCGGGAGGAGGCUGUAGGAGGAUAUUCCGGGGGAGGGGGUUAUUCGGGAGGAGGAGGGUAUGGGGAGAGAGAGGAUAGCGCGCAGGGGUUUAGGAGCGCGACGCCGAAUCGUAGUCGACUCCGUCCUCAACGAACUCGAAAGCCAAACAACGACCAAGUCGAAGGCAUUAUGGGCAAAAUGACCAUCGCCAUCGGCGACGAGAUCCGCGAAUCCUCCGCUCUCGCGGAAAAAAUGAAUGAUAAUUUCGAAGGCGCGCGCGUGCGCAUCAGAGGAACCAUGAAUCGCAUGUUGAUUAUGAGUCAGAAGACGGGGGUUAGUUGGAAAGUGUGGAUCUUGUUUUUCGCAGCGGUUUUUGGAUUGUUUUUUUGGGUGUGGGCUUUUUAG